AUGCUCACACCUGAUUGGUCCGUUUUGAAAGCUGCUGGCUUGGUGUCUCCUCCUUAUUGGUUUAGAUCAUCUUUAUCCUUCUCAAGUAGCUGGUGUCGCCAUUCCAUUGGCCUUGUGCUUCCUCCUACGUUUCCUCUUGCUGAGGAUUUCGUACGUUUCCCUCUACGAAGGGUUUCGUUCCCCGUCGUGCUUGAUUUUAUUUCUCCUUCAAUGCUUCCUCCUUAUGAUUUUCGUGCUUCUCCUUUGGGAUUGGGAUUCCCUUGGGAUGUAUUAGGUCUUGAUAUGGGUUAUCACACGGUGAGUCAGAUUGCAGCGGUGCAGCGAGCAGGUCAGAGUGCAUCGGCACCGCGAGGCUAUUCUUCGGCGGAGACCAGCGGGACCAGUCAGGCCGGGCAGAUCACAUGGACCUUGUUAGUAGGCCGUUUUGAGUCCCACAUUUUAUUCGACUCUGGAGCAUCGAAUUGCUUCAUUACACCGGAGCGUGCCGAGAAGAGUGGCAUCCGGAACUGUAUGAUGUUAUUCUCGGGAUGGACUGGUUGUCGUACUACAGAGUUCAUCUGGAUUGCUACAGAGGCAGAGUCGUCUUUGAGCGAGAUGCGGGGAGAGCCGGGGACAGCACCGAUAUCGAAGACGCCUUACAAGAUGGUGCCAGCUAAGUUGGCAGAGCUGAAGAAGCAGAUAGAGGACCUUUUGUCUAAGGGGUUCAUUCGACCGAGUGUUUCACCGUGGGGAGCACCGGUGUUGUUUGUGAAGAAGAAGGAUGGAAGUUUUCGAUUGUGUAUCGAUUACAGAGGUCUUAACCGAGUCACUGUGAAGAACAGGUACCCACUCCCGAGGAUUGAUGAGUUGUUGGAUCAGUUAAGGGGUGCUACUUGGUUCUCCAAGAUUGACUUGGCAUCGGGGUAUCAUCAAAUCUCGAUAGAUGAGGGAGAUGUUUGGAAGACUGCUUUCUGA